AUGAUCCAGGCCACGGGCGGCUUUGGCGGAGGCGUCGGCGCUGUGGAGCCGCCGGAGGAGGGGGAGCAGGAGGAGGAGGAGGAGGAGGAAACGCCGCCUCAGCAGCUCCUCCGGCGUUACCUCGCGGCGGCCGGGGGGCAGCUGGAGCCCGGGCUGUGCUCCUGCCCGCCGCCCUCGGCGGCCCCGCACCGAGCCCCGGGCUCCGGGCACCGAGGCGCGGAGGCGGCGGGCGCGCCGCGGCACGGGGGCAUGACCAACGGGGACUCGGGCUUUCUGCCGGGCCGGGGCUGGCGCGACCCGGAGGAGGCUCGCGGGCCGGCGCGCGCCGGCGGCCGGGAUCCCCGCCUCCCCCUAGAGGGGCCCGGCGCCGAGGGCGCGGACGCCGCGGGCAGCGGGUCCGACUGGGCCACGCCGCUCGAGGACCCGCUGCGGAGCUGCUGCCUGGCGGCGGCGGAGGGCAGCCCGGCCAGCGGCGGCAGCGGCAGCGAGGACUGGGAGCAGCCGGGGGCCGGGGCCGGGGGUCCCGAGGAGGGCGCGCCCCCCGCCACCGCGGCCGGGAGGACUAGUGGGGGCGCAGGGUUGGGCUUCUCCGACGUCCACCUCAACUCGCGGAACACGUUCGAGGUGAGCCGCCGCCACGGCGCCCGCGACCACCAGCCCCCGGCGGGGCCGCCGGUGCCCUCGUCCGUCGCGGAGCAGGGCCCCGCGGGGACCUCGGCCCGGGCUCGACGGAGCGGCGGCUUGGCCGACUUCUUCGCCAGAAACCUUUUUUCAAAAAGGACAAAGGAACUCAAAUCAGUUGUUCAUAGUGCUCCUGGUUGGAAAUUAUUUGGUCAAGUUCCUCCCAGAGAGAAUCUUCAGAAAACUUCGAAAAUUAUUCAGCAGGAAUAUGAAGCACGAACAGGAAGAGCCUGUAAACCACCACCUCAGUCUUCAAGACGUAAGAAUUUUGAAUUUGAGCCACUUUCUACCACUGCCCUCAUUCUUGAAGAUCGACCAUCAAAUCUUCCUGCCAAAUCUGUGGAAGAAGCUUUACGUCACCGACAAGAAUAUGAUGAAAUGGUGGUUGAGGCUAAAAAACGAGAAAUUAAAGAAGCACAUAAAAGGAAAAAAAUAAUGAAAGAACGAUUUAAACAAGAAGAAAAUAUUGCAAAUGCAAUGGUAAUUUGGAUCAAUGAAAUAUUGCCCAAUUGGGAAGUAAUGCGUAGUACAAGAAGAGUUCGAGAAUUGUGGUGGCAGGGAUUGCCCCCUAGUGUUCGUGGGAAAGUUUGGAGUCUAGCUGUAGGAAAUGAACUAAAUAUCACUCCUGAACUUUAUGAAAUCUUCCUAUCAAGAGCAAAAGAACGGUGCAAAAGCCUCAGUGAAACAAGUUCAGAGACUGAUACAGAAGGUGUAUCUAUUGCUGAUCGGGAGGCCAGUCUGGAAUUAAUUAAGUUGGACAUAUCCCGUACAUUUCCAUCUCUCUACAUCUUUCAGAAGGGUGGCCCAUAUCAUGAUGUUUUACAUAGUAUCUUAGGGGCAUAUACAUGUUACAGACCCGAUGUUGGUUAUGUCCAAGGGAUGUCCUUCAUAGCAGCAGUUCUUAUUCUCAAUUUGGAAGAGGCAGAUGCCUUCAUUGCGUUUGCAAAUCUGCUGAAUAAGCCAUGCCAGUUGGCCUUCUUCCGUGUGGAUCACAGCAUGAUGUUGAAAUAUUUUGCAACAUUUGAAGUAUUUUUUGAAGAAAAUCUCUCCAAACUAUUUCUUCAUUUCAAAUCUUAUAGUCUUACACCAGACAUAUACUUGAUAGACUGGAUCUUCACCCUAUAUAGCAAAUCACUACCACUUGAUCUGGCAUGUCGAGUUUGGGAUGUAUUUUGCAGAGAUGGAGAAGAAUUUUUAUUUAGGACUGGAUUAGGGAUCCUGCGAUUAUAUGAAGAUAUUCUCCUGCAGAUGGAUUUUAUUCAUAUAGCACAGUUUCUAACUAAAUUACCAGAAGAUAUUACAUCAGAAAAGCUGUUCAGCUGUAUUGCAGCAAUUCAGAUGCAGAAUAGCACCAAAAAAUGGCCUCAGGUCUUUGCAUCUGUAAUGAAGGAUAUUAAAGAAGGAGACAAGAAUAAUAGUCCUACUCUGAAAAGCUAA